AUGAUGGAAGGUAGAGGAGCUUCCUGGUGAGUCUGAGGGAGGACGAAAGAGAAAGAAAGAGAUCACGCGGCUGCGAGGGGCUCGUGUUCAGUUACAGCCACUCCUGGGCUGCGAGGAGAAGAUGUGGAGUCUGAGCCAAAGUGGCCUCCCUUUCCUGAUUCCCUCCGCAGCGGCCCUGUCGUCUUAACUGGUGCGAACGGAGACGAAAGGGGCCCGCCCACUUCUGCCGCGAGCUUGCUGGCCGCAGUUAUCAUGGAAGAAUUAGCUGAAGAUGAUAUUGAUAUCCUGAACCAUGAAAAAGCAGACACUCAUCAGAGACGAGAUGGACAGUUUCCUAUUCCAGUGUUUUCAGGAGAGGAAUCUGUUGCUUCACAUUUUGCCCUUGUCACUGCUUACGAAGAUAUAAAAAAACGUCUGAAAGAGACAGAAAGGGAAAAUUCUCUCUUAAAGAAAAGAGUAAGAUUGUUAGAAGAAAAGCUUCUUGGAUCCCAUUUGGAAGAAGCAACAAGCUCUGUGGGUCGUGAGCAAGUUAACAAAGCUUAUCAAGCCUAUCGGGAGGCUUGUAUUGAACGAGAUAAUCUGAAAAGUCAACUGGAUAAAGUGAUGAAAGAAAACAUGGAAUCCAUGAAAAUCUUGAAUGAGCAGUUGCAAUCUAAAGAAGUGGAACUUUUACAGCUAAGAACAGAAAUGGAAACUCAACAAGUGAUGAAGAGUUUCAAUUCUAACCCUUCUAACUGGGAAAUAGACAAACUGAACAAUGACCUGAAGGUGCACAGUUUGGAGAUGGAUUUGGAGAAACUGAGGGAAGAAUGUAACAAUCUUAGGAAGGAAUUGCACACAUCUGUAAGGAAGGUUGAAUCCCAAGAAGAAAUUUUAAUAAAUGGAGAAUUUGUCCAGCAGCAAAAUAUUCAUAGUGAACACAUUCAGCAGGUAUACUGGGAAUUGAAGAGGGAGAUGUCUAAUUUGCAUCUGGUGACCGAAGUGCAAGCUGAAAUGCUGAAGAAACUGAAAAUGAUUCCAUCUACAACUAAGAAAGUGCCAUCCUAUACCUCUGUUCAGUGUAUUGAAGACCUUGAGAGGGACGCUACCAAUCUCCACUUAGGAGCUUCUGGAGCAGUGUGCAACAAUAGACUAUUUCCAACAAGUGAUGAUGUUUUCAGUAAUCUUGCAUCUUCCUCCCCAUGUACUAAUGAGAAACUUAGUUCUGUAUGUGACUCUCCAUUUCCGGAUCAUAACUCCUAUGGAAAAAACUCUCUGGAAGAUAAUUCUUGGGUAUUUCCAAGCCCUCCAAAACCUAGUGAGACAGUAUUUUGGGAAAUGAAAAACAGAAUGACUCACUUAAACUUUCCAGGAAACAACUUGGAUCAGUAUAACCAAAACUGCUUGCAUAAGAGCUAAGAACAGUAGGAGGAACUUAAAUAUAGUUCUGAACAAGGUCUUAUAUGUGUCAGUAGAAAAUAAGCAAUGGGGAGGAGUAGGAUGAACUUCCAGGUUGGAUGUGACUCUUCUCUGUUACCUAAACUUGAAAACCAGUGAAGUCCAAAGGAAUUUGUUGUGAUGAAUGAUCUACUAUACAGGAGACUGUCCUCAGUUUUCUGAUUGCACAUUGGCAGAUUUCUAAAGUAUUAAGCUGUGGAGUAAAACAAAAGUAGCACGUGGUGUGAAUAAUAUCACCCUGAAGUAUGUUAUCUUCAGACAUUUUUACAAGCUAUGAGAAUGACUUAUAUUUUGGACAAGUCUUCGAUUUCAGCUUCUCAGGUAAAUAAUAUAUUCAACUCUGAAGCAGUCGCUGGCUUUUUAUUAAUGGGUGAUAUAUGCUGAAAAAGAGCAAAUGAAUUGUGUAGUAAUUACUUUCAUUCCUUUUCUCAACUGUUCAUCAUCACCUUGUGGUGAAGAAUAUGAAAUAGUAGAAAAAGGAAAAGUUCCUAAAUGCUACAGUACAAUAUUUCAUCACUUCACAAAUAAUAUCAUGUAACUUAAGUGUUCUCUGUACUGAGGAUUUCCUAACAAAAAUAGUGUCUGUUUUGAUGUGAGAUAUCCAGGCACCUUAAUACAAGCAAGAACUGUAAUAUUCCAAAUAAUGUAAUAUUUCUGUGAUACCACAUAGCUGAUAUCCUAUACUAAAGAAGAUGCAUUUUAUCCAAAAUAUUGCUUACAUGGGUAACUGAUUAACAGCAUUGAAAUAAUUUUACAUCCUGUUUUUUUAAAUCCCAUUUUAUUAUCAGUAAAUCUCUGCUGAGGUACUUGAAGCAAUAGAGAUGCUUUUACCAGCAUAUGAUUGGGCACAUUUCCAGAGGUAGUUUUUUGUACUUGGCCUUUAAGAUGCAGAGAGAGAAAAAAAGCCCUUGACAAUAUACCUGACAAUAUAAUGACGGACCAGCUGCAGGUUUUGCUUAGUUCAGUGCCCAAAUCUCAUCUGAUCAUUCCUACAUGUACAAAUUCAUGUAUUCUGCCAUAUCCCAUUUGUUUCUAAACUUGUACUUGAAACAUGAAUAGAGAAAAGUAAAAUCUAUAGUGGAAGAAAUAAUUGCAUGUUUCUGAAAGAUAAAAACUUCCCGUGUGGUUGUGUAGAUGAGCAGCACAACCAUAUCAGUGUUACCUUCCCUUCCGUUGCAUUGCAUUUUGUAUAAUUCAGUACUGGUGCUUUCUUCCCUAUCAUUACUAAAGAGAAUAUAAUCUGGGGGGGGGGAAGA